UUCCUUGUUUUCUGUGUAUACAGCCUGUAUUACCUGUUGUCAUUGGAGACUCACCUGUAGCCUGUAGUCGAGUGGGAAGAAGAGACAGCGUGAAGAAGAGACGAAAGAUAGUUUUAGGACAAAAGUUGGAGGUGAAGUAAGAUGGGGUUUUGACAGCAAGAGCGUGAAGAGAAGAGAGAUAACCGACAAGUAAAUCUACCGACCUCAUCGCCUCUCGUCAUGUCUUUUUCAAAGCCACAGGAGCAGCUCGUCUACGAGCUGAGUUGCCCCAUCUGCCUUCAGCUCUACUUGGAUCCGGUGGUUCUCCCCUGUGGCCACAACUACUGUCGAGCCUGUAUCUGGAAGACCUCUGACACUAACCAGAAUGACAAAACACUUCCCUGUUGCCCAGAGUGCCGUGAAGAGUAUCAUGGUGUGGAGACCCUGCAGAAAAACUUCAAACUUUCCAGCAUCAUCGAGGGGUUCAGAGCCACAGUGCUGCAGCUGGAGGGGCAUCCCGAGCCUGAGGCCGAGAGAGCGGUGGUUUUCUGCGACCAGUGUAUAGAUGAGCAGUCGGUGGCUGUGAAGACCUGUCUGAAGUGCGAGGUGUCGCUGUGUUCCAGACACUUUCAGAGACACCAAGAUAAGGAGUCUUUCAAGGGACACACCAUGGUGGAGCCCCUGAAUGAGCUGGGGGUGAAGGCCUGUGCCAACCAUCGUCGUCCCCUUGAGUACUUUUGUUCCGACGACAUGACAUUGCUUUGUGCCACGUGCUUCAGAGAAGGCCAUCACCAGAACCACGAUGUUCUCACCUUCAAUGUGGCCGAAGAGGAGAUGAGGCGAGCACUGGAGAGCCGCAGCAAGGCGGUCUCCUGCAGGCUGCAGAUGACUGAGACUCUCCUGCAGAAGACAGCAGAGGAACAAGGAGCCUCUGAGGCUAUCGGAGACAAACUGGUCAACAAGGCCCUCACUCUCAUGGACAACAUGGCUGCAUUAGUGGACAGGUACAGGGAGCGCCUGCACGUGCUAUUGGAGGAGGAGAGAGGCCAGCGCAGAAAAAGCUGGCAGCUCGGCCUGAGUGCACUCGAAGAGCAACAGCAUCAGUUACUGGAGGCCCAGCACAGUGCCACAGAGGCCCUCAAUGAGACAGACCCAUGCACAUUCAUACAGAGGUUCGUGCUGAUUGAACAUAAGCUGAGAGAAGUUGUCACAGGCGGCAUUCCCUCUAAGAUCCCCUCAAAAACUCCGCUCAACUCCAAACGUCUCCAGACAGGUCUCAAAACCCAAGACUUCCGCACAGAAAUGGUCCGCCUGCUGGAUUCUUUCCAUAUCCUCCUCAACCCUUUGGAGCUCACCUUUAACCUCUGCACUGCCCACCCCAGCCUGGUAGUCUCCAAUGAUCUGCGCACGGUCAAGUACAGCCCCUCCAAGCAGCAGUAUGCAGAACACCCUGAGCGGUUUACAAGCGCACCGCAGGUCCUGUGCAACCAGGGGUUCUCGAGCGGCGAGCACAUUUGGGUGGUAGAAGUAGGAACAAGCAGCAUGUGGUCUGUGGGUGCGUGUCACAAGAGCAUCCCUCGGCGUGGUGACCACAGUCGUCUAGGACACAACUCUGUGUCCUGGCGCCUGCAGUGGAAAAACGGCAAGCUGACGGUGUGUCAGUCCUCCUGUAAUGUAGCUCUGAGGGAAAUGAUAACUCAGCCGCUGAGGAUUGAGAUAGCACUGGACUAUGAGGCGGGGACGUUGACGUUCCACAGCACCAAAGGGCGCAGGGAGCACCUUCACACCUUCAGGGCUGUGUUUAGGGAGCCGGUUUACCCAGCAUUCAGUAUCCAUUCAAACACACCAGAGUCCUGGAUUACACUGCACAGGGGGAUGUGAACACUUCUAUUGUUUAAUAUUUCCCAUGCAUAGGAUUUUUUUGGGUGUUCAAGCAAGUUGUUAUUCUUUAUCCAAAUACAGUAAAAAGUGCAGAUUGACUCUCAAAUCUGCCAUAAUGCUGCAUUCAUGUGUUCUGUAGAGGAGAACUUCCUUACUCAGCGUCCCACAAUUCAGACCUUUAGCUACCACAAAUAAAUCCUCAACCUCUGGGAAACCUUAUAAUCCUAUACUAAUAUACAGAAGUGUUUAUUUGCUAUCUACAUUAUGGAACUGGAGCAUUUUAAAGACAAAAUCAUUUGUUUACAACAUUUUUUUUAUUCAUGAUUAGGGUGAUUUUUAGUAUAGUAGAUCAAUGCAGUAGUAUAGAUCAAUGUAGGUGUUUCAUAAAUUCAUUCUGGGGUUUUGGGAGUUUUUUUUAUUUAUUAUGUUUUACUUCUAGCAUGUUGCUGUUUGUGUGUCUUACUGAAAGUCAAGUGCAAGUCUGUGUUUGUUUUGACAUUGACUGACAUUUAGACAGAAUAUGAGACAUGCUUGUGUUUAUACUACAAAUAAACCCAUGAUAAAG